AUGAAUUUCAAUGUUUGGAACAUCAAAGACAUGUUCAGCGUCCCCCCAGGAGCCGGGGAGUAUUGCACAUUCAGGCUCCAUAUAUUCCUCUGGAUCUGCUAGAAGACUUUCAGAAUUGGGAGCUCUUUCUGAUUUCAGGAUCGGGCUGAAGAAGGGUCCUUUUGGUACCUCCUAAUGGCACUUCACUGGAAGAGAGGAGAAUGUAGUUACAAAACAGCCAUUUUCAUCUAAAUUACCUGAAGCACCAGACUGGCCAGGAAUAAGACAUGACAAACAAGCCAACCCAGAAUGCCGGCGUGAAUGAUCAUGGAAGCCUGACAGACUCACAGUUCCUGUUCGGUUCACAGUUUUGCCCAGAGAGUUCUCAGUCUGGGUCCUUGGAUUAUAGCACACAGGGGAAAUAUCAAAAAACUGCAAAGCUGUCCUCGCAGGAUAGUAAUCCUAGCAUAUACCAGAAAUACCAGGCGAAACCUCCCCUGUACAAUAUUGACUGCAAAGAAAGGGGCACAUUUCAGUCAUUUGGAUCAUCAAAAGCCAAAGACAUCAUGGAGCAAUUUGAAGAAAGCAAGAGAAAAACAAAAGAGAAACAAGAUAGUGAACAGUUAAACCAGUUGAUCUGCAACAUUCAAGUAACCUUGCAGGAUUUGAAAAUGACAUUUUGCCAUAUUGAGGAAAAUACAGAUGUAAGAUUCAAGUCAAUAUUGGAUUCAAUUGAUGCAGUUUCUAAAGAAUUGCAGGAAAAUAUUCUUUCUUAUCGUGAAUCAAUAGUUAAAGAAAUUUCAUCAAAAUCUGAUAUGGAACAAGCAUUGUUGGACUUAGAGAAGAAGAUUCUUUUGAAAGAUGCAGAGAUGACAGAUGUCAAAUCAAAUGUGCAGUCGCUUUUGUCGGGCAUUGAAGUUGUAAAAGUGCAGCAAAGUCAGAAGCACCUGGAGUUGUCAGAGAAAAUAACACUGCUGUCAGAUUCCAUCAAGUCAUCGGAAGAUAAAAUACUAAGCGAGAUUCACAAGAUUCAUUUGGCUUCUAGGCUUGCACUUAACAUGAAAAACAAAACUACACAGACUUCCCCUGCAUAUUUUCAAGACCCGUCUGCUCAAAGAGAUACCACAUCACAGGUUAAGACAAUGAGUACUCGUCCAGAUGGUUCCCCUCUUUCACAAACUUACGGUCAGAGCACAUGUGCUGGAAUUAGCAAUACUUUGUCUUUACAACACAGAGAAAAUCUUUGUGUAACAGAACUAAAAGCUAUAAAUACCUGUAAUGCAACAUCUGUGGGUAAUAUUGUAAUUUCUUCACGUGAUGAAGAAUCUACUGAUGUUUUACAGAAGAGUUUUAAGGCAUCAGAUGCUAAGAAUCAAACAACACCAUUCAGACGUAACAUAACUACAGAUGAUAUAGCGGUGAAAUCUGUACAUAGUCUGCCACAUUUAUGUCAACAUGAUCACGGUAUCCCAACUGAGAAGGACAGUCCACUUGAAAAUACAGAUCCAAAUUGUGGGAAAGAAAACAUGCUAAUUGUAAACAGACGUAAGAAAUAUACUAACAAUCCAAAAAGAAGGAAAACAAACAAGUCUAGGAAAAAUAUAAGGAAGAAGAGAACAGGCCUGUCUACGAAUAAUUCUACACAUGCUUCAUCCAGAGCCAUAGGUAACAGUGCACAAUAUAAAUCUGGAAAAGAACUUUUCACUCAUGAACCGGAAAAUUCUGUCGAAGUGACACAACACUCUCUUAAACUUUACACGGACAGCUGUAAAUCUUCAUUAUCCAUCGUCCCUGCACCAAAGAGGAAGACGCAGCAAAGGAAGAGCUUGAAGUUUCAACUCCUUCGGUCUCACCAGCCAUUAGAGCAAUCUACCAACGAAGGAACUUGUGCAGGUGAUGGGGACGGCCUUUUCCAAAGCGCCCCAACUCAGAGUGAUGUGCCCUUAUGGGACAAAAAUAAUCUGCAUUGUGACAAAGAGGGUGAAAGUAACAUGCGCUGGUUUAUGUCCUCAAGCCCUUUACUGGGCGGUUCCUCAAUACAUCCUGUCCAGAAGACAGGGCAAAAGAGCUUUCACUCUUUGUUUUUUGACAGCAGUGAUAAUUCUGAUUAGAAUCCGCUACACUCUGGUUCCAUGUUACUCAUUUUAGUAUAACGUGAGAGUAGUACAUAAAGGGAUUUAACCCAUGUUAGGUGUUUUUUUUUUGCGCACUUCUGACACAGAAACUUAUCAGGUUGUUCAGUUAAAUAAAACAAUCACCCACCACCAUA